AUGAAUAUGUUGGAUGAUGAAGAUGACCAAAGCUUUCACGCUACGCGUGACGGCUACUCCCAUUUGAGCGAUGUCGAAUGGGAUGCGGUUGAACGAAUGGGUUCGACCAUGGGCAUCCAUGCUGUUAGCGUCAUGCUAGAGGCUCUCAAUAGAGAUGCCCAACAUGCUACUAUCGCCAAGUUCAUUCAAAAUGAACUUGACGCAGAACGCGAGAAAGUAGCCUUGCUUCACCAACAAGGUUCUCAACAAGCAGAGUUGUUGAGAGAACAAGGUGCUCAACAGUUUGAACUGUUGAGACAGCAGCAGGCUGCUGCUGGCGGGUCGAUGCACUCGCGUCGGCCCGAGACUUUGAAGAUUGAUAUCUCAAAGGCGCGUCGCAUCGACGACGGGGAUAUGCAAGUUGCAUUUGCCCAGUCAAAUCUGGCAGGACGUGCCAAGACUUGGGCACUGGGGCUCAAGCUGCACGACCCAUAUGCGUUUGGGUCGUUGGAAGUCUUCAAGUCGCGGCUCAGACAAACGUUUGAACCGCCUAGAGCUGAGUUCAGAGCUCGAACCGAACUCUUGAAGCUCAAGCAGGGUAAGCGUGAUGUGCACGCUUACGCUCAACAUAUACGACAUCUCACGAGUUGUAUAAGUUCCAAUCCGGUGGAUGAACACACGUUGGUUUCGGUGUUCAUGCAGGGUCUUGCGGAUGGUCCCGUCAAGACUCACCUGUUCCGGCUUGAACUAGAUUCACUAGAACAAGCCAUUUCAAUUGCGGAGCAGGAAGACUUCAGUCUGAGACAGGCUCGCGCCAGCUCGACAUCAUAUCGUCAACCGAGACGAUAUGACAACGGAGGUCCAGAGCCGAUGGAACUCUGUUAUGUAGAGAGCGAGAAGGCUCGCUCUACAGGCUACAAGAAGUUGCAGAGAUGCAACAGAUGUCAAAAGACAGGACACUACGCUUACGAGUGUAGUGCCCCUCGUCCAGUGUCUCGCGACACUGGGCGUAGUGACCGUCCACCCAUGAGAAAGGGGCAGGGACGAGGGUCCGCAGUUGGUGCAAAGACGCAACAACGGGAUGGACCGUCAAAAAACGGACAGGAUCAGUAG